GUGCUCUCCCACGGUUAGUUUUAAUUGGCUUUGAGUGAAGUUAGGAUCACAUUUUUUUUCCCUCAGUCUGUGCUGUACAACUCGGCACUAUCUGACGUGACGGCAUAUCCUGGACUAUUAUUCCCCGUGUAAACUGCUGUAUGCAGCGCAAACAUGAGCCUGUAUGCGAGGAGAGUGACCCUGCCUGCUAUCACCCCACUGCUGCUACAGAAAAGGGUGAUUAAAGUUUUCAAUGAAGAUGGUACUAGCAGGGCUUUGGAAGUGCCAAAUGAUAUGACAGCCCUGAAUGUAUGUCAACUGCUCAUCCAAAAGAACCAUUACAUCGAUGACCAGAACUGGACGAUGUUCGAACAGCUCUCUUCGCUUUGUCUAGAAAGAAUCAUAGAAGAUCAUGAGAUGGUCAUUGAAGUGCAGUCAAAGUGGGACAUGGAAGAGGACUGCAGGUUCUGUGUCAGAAAAUAUUAUGCAAAAUAUGAAUUCUUCAAAAAUCCUGAGAUCUAUUUUCCAGAUGUAAUGCUGUCCUAUUCCAGUGAAAUGAAUGGCACAACAAGGCCUGUGGAUGUUCUAAAGACGUUUUUGAGUACAAGCACAUAUCCUGAAAUCCACAGUUACUUAUUUAUGGCAGAAAAAGGAAAAAGAUCUUGGAAGAAACUAUAUUUCAUUCUGCGACGCUCAGGAUUGUACUUUUCCACAAAGGGAACUUCAAAGGACCCCAGACACCUACAAUUCUUCUGUGACUUUCUUGAGAGUAACGUAUAUAUGUUGCUGUCUGCAAAGAAAAGCUAUGGGGCUCCUACAGACUUUGGAUUCUGCCUCAAGCCUAACAAGACAGGAGGAACCAAAGAAAUGAAACUACUGUGUGCAGAGACUGAAGAGAGUAAGAUCUGCUGGCUGACAGCAAUUAGGUUAUACAAGAAUGGAAAACAGAUUUAUCAAAAUUAUUUAAGACCACAGCAAAAAAUUGAUGCAAGCAGUCAGAAUCUUGCAGCUACGAGAAGCAUAUCGGAAAACUCUCUUGUGGCGAUGGAUUUUUCUGGUCAUAAAAGCAGAGUCAUAGAGAAUCCCACAGAAGCAUUGUCCAUUGCACUUCAGGAGGGGCUGUUAUGGCGGAGGAAAAGCAGUGGUAGGAUCAAUUUACAUGGAAUCAAUACGAGUUCUCAGAAUUCUGCAAUGAACUUAGCAAUCCACAUGUCACAACCCUGGUUCCACCAUAAAAUAUCAAGAGAUGAAGCUCAAAAACUGAUACGCCACCAAGGACUUGUAAAUGGCGUAUUUUUGCUCCGUGACAGUCAAAGUGCACCAAAAUCAUUUGUUCUUUCCAUGUGUCAUGGGCAGAAGAUAAAGCAUUUUCAGAUUUCACCAAUAGCAGAUGGAGGAGAGCUGUACUACACAUUGGAUGAAGGACACACAAGAUUUACAGAUUUGACACAACUUGUUGAAUUUCAUCAGUUGAAUAAGGGAAUAUUGCCAUGUACACUAAAGCACUACUGUACCCGUGUUACAGUCUAAUGUUAAUAUGUUUAAACUACUGUAAAUAUUUUUCACCAAAUCAUGACAUGAUUGAAAAUGUACAGUGACAGAAAGAGACUUAUUUAGGCAACAAUGCAAUGAGCGUGGGCAAAAUGCAUUAGCAUCGAGGAUGAAAAAGUUCCGUACCCACUGCAACCAGAAAUCUUUUCUAUACUAAAUAGACUGCAGUAAAUUGAGCUCUGAUUGGUAGUGUUUACUGCAAUUUUCACAUUCCCUUCUGACGUUCUAAUUUUAAUGGUUAGGCUUGGAUGAGAUUAUACUGCGUAGAAAUAUUCCUUGCAAUUACAGUAAAACAAAAAACAAACAAACAAAAAAAAAACAAGUUUAAUAAGGCAGAUAAAGGUUUAAAAUGCAUAAAAAACAAUACAAAUCUUUUUUUCACUUACAACGUACUGUACAAGUUGUUGCACAUUGCAAAUUAUCAUAGACACUCAAAUUCAGGAAAAAACAGCAGGUUUGCUUUCACCCUCCACCCAUCCCCAACACCGUAUAUGGUGACCUUAAUUCUCUCCCCUGCUGAUGCUUUUAGUGCCAAGAACAAAAAGGAAAUGCCUGAUACUACUGGAUAUGGAGGAACAUGUUACCCCAAGUGCCAGAGCUGGCCUAAUCAACAUUGCCACAGGGUAGUCCUUAGUCCUGUGUGAGCGUAGACUUUGACAACUAUACAGGACCUUCCAUUGCUUCUGGCAGCAGAGAAGAGCAGCAUGAGAACAAAGUGGUGAGGGAGCAAAAGGAAGAUAUAAGUAUAUGUGGAUAGGGGCACAUUUAAAAUUAAGUUGUUCUAUUACCCCAUGUGGGUUCACUUUAAAGGAUAAUCCCAAUUCCGUGGGGGAAAAAAAAUUGCAAAUAAAGAAAAAAUAAUAUAGUGUAUACAAUUGUGAUAUUGUAAUUGAAUGUU